AGACUGCUGAUUUUGAAUAUUUUGUUCAACAAAUAGCUGGAGUAUAUGGUGUAUCAGCUGAUGAAGUUAAAGUGACAAAUUGGUCAAAAGGUCAUAUUUUCGAAAGUGAUCUUCAUAAAUUAUUUAACCAGAAUAGGAUAAUUGCCUAUAUAAUUCAAGUUAUUGAAGAAAAUAGUGGAUUAGAUUUAUUACUUUCAUAUAAGG